UCAUGCGCAUGCGCAGUAGUUGAAGAUCGGGGAGUGUCUGAGCGAGCGGCUCGUUGACACUCGAAGCCGUAAAGAGCAUCUGCUGCAGGAACAAUGAAUCGACUGACCUGGGAGGAAAGGAUUUUGUGAGACUUUCCUGAACUGGACGGUUGGGGUUGAGAUGGGAUCUUAAAGGAAUUCUGAUUUAUUGGAUUUUUUUCUUUUUCUUGGCGUGAACGACCUCUAACGGUACAGGGAUUUUGUAUUUGUUGCAUUCGCGACUUUAUGAUCGCUUCUCCUUUAAAAAUAGCACUUGUAAUAAAAUGAGGUUUUACAUGUUACAGCUUAAAUCAAACUGAUGCCUUAUUUGCAGGAAUAGAUAGKCUUUAGCGUGGAACACUUGCUGCAAAGUCUUUUUUUAUUUCACUUUUAAAUCACUGCUUCAUUCACUUGCCUACACUGGAGCAAAUCAAUGCAUUGGUUGAUUUUUUUUUUUUAUGAGACACACUGCUGUCAUAAUCUCCUGGACGUCAUGCCUUGACCAUCUGCUGCUGGAACCUGUUUUAAUCUGCUGAUUAACCAGUWAAGGUCCAGCAUCACUCAGAUCAUUACUGGGACUGUGUUGUGCUGCUGCCUGCUCAAGGAGGGAUGCUGAAGGRCACUGUGGGCUCAGUGGAGGAGAAGGAUGAGGAGCAGGAGGAUGAAGGUGAAGAAGAGUUGAGGGACGGAGGGGUGCCCUUCUAUGUGAACAGAGGAGGCCUCCCGGUGGAUGAAGACACUUGGGAGAGGAUGUGGCGACAUGUGGCUCGAAUCCAUCCGAAUGGUGAAGCCCUGGCGAAGGAGAUAAGAGGCUCCACUGACCUGCCCAAGAUUCCAGUACCAAGUGUGCCUACAUACCAACCUACGAAUACGAUCCCCCAACGCCUGGAAGCCAUACAAAAAUACAUCUGGGAAUUGCAGUACAAUCACACAGGAACACAGUUUUUUGAGAUCAAGAAAAGCCGACCUCUUACUGCGUUAAUGGACAUUGCCAAGGAGAUGACACGAGAGGCUCUGCCAAUCAAAUGUUUGGAGGCGGUGAUCCUGGCAAUUCAUCUCACCAACAACAUGCCCGGUGUGGAGCGCUUCCCCCUCAGCUUUAAGUCUCACUUCUCAGGGAACCACUUCUACCACAUUGUGCUCGGCGUUCACAGCGGGGGGCGCUUUGGCGCGCUGGGCAUGAGCCGAAGGGAGGACCUCAUGUUCAAGCCGCUGGCGUUUCGAACGCUGCUGGACUUGGUGCAGGAUUUCGAAGGCGCCUACAGGGCCUACUGGCACACCCUGCGCAAGAUCAAGAUCGGCCAGUACGUGUCCCACGAUCCUCACAGCGUGGAGCAGAUCGAGUGGAAACACUCGGUCCUGGACGUGGACAAGCUGAGCAAGGAGGAGCUGCGGAAAGAGCUGGAGAGACACACCCGAGACAUGAGGCUGAAGAUAGGAAAGGCGGCGCCGCCCUCUCCCGUGAAGGACAGGAGAAACAGCGUGGGUUCUCCUCAUAAAGGACRAAACAGCCCCAUUCGGAGGAUCAGCCGAGUCGAGAGACGCCCCUCUGGAGAGAAGAAGGCCUUGGAACAAAAAUCAGCAGAUAUCAGCGGAUACCAGAUUCGAGUCUGAAAACAAAUAUUGUCCUGCUUGAAGCAUUUYUCACACACCUGUUUAUGGGACCACUAACUAAAUGAAAUCGUGUGCACAUUGACUUGCUCACUGGAUGUGGUCUUGAAUGGAUCACUAUAAAAAUGUUCUUCCUGAAACACUUUAUUCWGCUUUUAUGUUGUUAAAAGCUUUUUUUUUUCUGAAGCAGCUGAAGUAAUUGGUGCUGGCUGUGCUCCCAGUUUAUAAAAGGGGUGGGGGGAGUGCAUUUACAUAGUUAAAAAAAAGGUAGUUGAUCUUUCUCUGAAGCUGUGGAAAAAUGCCAGUCAAUGUAAAUGUACAAAUACACACAUCACAUGUCUCUAUGCUGUUAGGUUUCUCUGCAGUCAUCAUACUGGUAGUAUGCAAAGACAUGAUGUAUUAUAAAACCACUUUGACUUCACUGGGUAACAGUUACACCUAUAAUGAGUGACUAGUGUAUAAACCCUUGUGCCUUGUAUAAAAAUAAGGGGAAAAAACUAUUACUGAGCCCAAUAUUUUAGUUUUUAUCUGAGCACUGUGUGACACAGUGAGCCAACACCCAGAGACGAGCAUGUUUAGGAUGCUGCUAUGUCAGGAUGAGUUAUAUAUUCAAAAAUAAAGGGGCAUUUAUUAACCAAUUUUCAGAAACUGACUCAUGAACCAUCUAUUUCUAAAUGACAUAGCUGCCACUCAUCCCUGCUUUUAAUCAGUCUAUACAUCAUGUCUGUGGCUUAUCUGCUUAAUACCGUCCAACUUUGAUUUGUAGCAACUUUCACUUGCCUUAAGUGAUGUUCAAGUCCCUGACUUCCACUGAAACAAAGAUGUAAAAAGAUGUUUUACUGCACUUUUAUCUGGAUUUUGUAUUUUUUAUUACAAUUAUUGUCAUUUUAUACUACCUACAGUGUUUGUGAUCACCAGUUAACACUUAAUAUUCACCAAAUGCUGUUCUGAAUGUUGCUACUGUCAGCAUUUUUAUCUAGUCUGGGUGUUUUUAUUUCAGCGUUCUGAAAUGCAUUUGUUUUGCAGAAUCACAAUAAAGGUUUUUUGUGCAUUA